GGAGAGAGUAUCUUUUUCAUUGAUUUUCCCGACACCAAAAUUCUAAAAAAGUCAAGCAAAGCCAGUGGCCACCGCUGAACUCAAAAUAGACGUUAUUACAUAAUCUGAUAAUCAUCAUGCAUCCAUCUAUCUCUUGCAGCCAUGCAUGCAUCAGCUCUCUUUGGAAGUUCAUCCCUAGCAAUUACUCCCAUGGCGACAAAAUCCAACUCACCAUGACAAAGCUGCUUCUGUCACUUGCCACCUAGUAGUAAACAGUAACACCUCUGCAUAUAUGUAUCUGCAUCUGCGUGCUGUGUGUGCCAUGGCCAUGGAUGGCAUGGAGAAGGUGGCGUGGUGCGCUUGCUUCCUCUUCCUGGCUCUUAUGGUGGUUAGGUUGAGGACGAAGCGGCGUGGCGACAAUAAUGGCGGGGUGAAGUUGCCGCCUGGGCCGUGGCGGCUGCCGCUCGUCGGCAACCUCCACCAGGUCAUGGCGCGCGGCCCGCUCGUGCACCGCACCAUGGCCGACCUGGCGCGCCGGCUCGACGCGCCGCUCAUGUCGCUCAGGCUCGGCGAGGUCCCCGUCGUCGUCGCCUCGUCCGCCGACGCCGCCAGGGAGAUCACCAAGACGCACGACGUCGCGUUCGCGACGCGGCCGUGGAGCUCCACCAUCCGGGUCAUGAUGAGCGACGGCGUCGGGCUGGUGUUCGCGCCCUACGGCGCGCUGUGGCGGCAGCUCCGCAAGAUCGCCAUGGUGGAGCUCCUCAGCGCCCGCCGCGUCCAGUCGUUCCGCCGCAUCCGGGAGGACGAGGUCGGCCGCCUCGUCGCCGCCGUCGCGGCGGCGCAGCCCGGCGAGGCCGUGAACGUCAGCGAGCGGAUCGCGGCGCUCGUCUCCGACGCCGCGGUGCGCACCAUCAUUGGUGACCGGUUCGAGAGGCGGGACGAAUUCCUGGAGGGCCUUGCCGAGGGGAUCAAGAUCACAUCCGGGUUCAGCCUCGGCGACCUGUUCCCAUCGUCGAGGCUGGCCAGCUUCAUCGGCGGCACGACGCGGCGGGCAGAGGCGAACCACCGCAAGAACUUCGAGCUGAUGGAAUGCGCUCUCAAGCAGCAUGAGGAGAAGAGGGCAGCUGCUGCAGCUGCCGCCGCCGGCGCUGUGGAAGACGAUGAGGACAUCGUCGACGUGCUUCUCAGGAUUCAGAAGGAAGGGAGCCUCCAAGUGCCCCUCACCAUGGGCAAUAUCAAAGCUGUCGUCCUUGACCUUUUUGGUGCUGGCAGCGAGACAUCGGCAAAUACGCUUCAAUGAGCGAUGGCUGAGCUCAUAAUGAAUCCAAGAACAAUGCUGAAGGCACAAGCAGAGUUACGUGAUGCCCUCCAAGGAAAGCAAAUAGUGUCAGAAUAUGACUUGGUUAAAUUGAAGUAUUUGAAACUUAUUAUCAAGGAGACCUUAAGGUUACAUCCUGUGGUGCCACUACUUCUCCCUGGGAGGGAAUGUCAGGAGACAUGUAAGGUCAUGGACUACGAUGUCCCCAUAGGUACUAUUGUGCUUGUGAACAUGUGGGUAAUCGGUAGAGACCCUAAAUAUUGGGAGGACGCUAAGACAUUUAGACCCGAGCGAUUUGAGGAUGGCCAUAUAGAUUUUAAAGGAAUGAACUUUGAAUAUUUACCUUUUGGAGCAGGGCGAAGGAUGUGCCCUGGUGUGGCAUUUGCAGAAGCAAUUAUGGAGCUCGCUCUAGCCUCAUUGCUCUAUCACUUUGAUUGGGAGUUCCCCGAUGGCAUCUCGCCGGCCAAGAUGGAUAUGAUGGAGGUGAUGGGUUCUACCGUGCGAAAGAAGAAUGAUCUUUACCUUGUUCCAAAUGCCCAUGUGCCGGUUGCCCCAUACACUCGAUCGAUCUGUGUUGCCAUGGCCAUGGAUGGCAUGGAGAAGGUGGCGUGGUGCGCUUGCUUCCUCUUGCUGGCUCUCAUGGUGGUCAGGUUGACGGCGAAGCGGCGUGGCGACAAUGGCGCGGAGAGGCUGCCGCCUGGGCCGUGGCGGCUGCCGCUCGUCGGCAACCUCCACCAGGUCAUGGCGCGCGGCCCGCUCGUGCACCGCACCAUGGCCGACCUGGCGCGCCGGCUCGACGCGCCGCUCAUGUCGCUCAGGCUCGGCGAGGUCCCCGUCGUUGUCGCCUCGUCCGCCGACGCCGCCAGGGAGAUCAUGAGGACGCACGACGUCGCGUUCGCAACGCGGCCGUGGAACCCGACCACGCGGCGGCUGCGGUGCGACGGCGAGGGCGUGGUGUUCGCGACGUACGGCGCGCUGUGGCGCCAGCUCCGCAAGCUGUGCGUCGUCGAGCUGCUCGGCGCGCGGCGCGUCCGGUCGUUCCGCCGCGUCCGCGAGGAGGAGGCGCGCCGCCUCGUCGCCGCCGUCGCCGCGUCCCCGCGCGGCGAGGCCGUGAACGUCAGCGAGCGGAUCACGGCGGUGAUCACGGACGCGACGAUGCGGGCCAUGAUCGGGGACAGGUUCGGGCGGCGCGACGAGUUCCUGGAGCUGCUCGCCGACAUCGUCAAGAUCGGCUCCGGGUUCAGCCUCGACGACCUGUUCCCGUCGUGGCGUCUCGCCGGCGCCAUCGGCGGCAUGGCGCGCCGCGCCGAGGCGAACCACCGGAGGACCUACGAGCUGAUGGACAGCGUGUUCCAGCAGCACGAACAGCGGAGGGUUCACGUUGCUGCGCCGGCUGACGGCGCCAUGGACGACGCGGAGGAGGACCUCGUUGACGUGCUCUUCAGGAUACAGAAAGAUGGUGGCCUCGAGGUGCCUCUCACCAUUGGCAACAUCAAAGCAAUCAUCCUGGACCUCUUCAAUGCAGGGAGUGAGACAUCAGCAAAUACGCUCCAGUGGGUUAUGUCAGAGCUAAUGAGGAACCCAAAAGUGAUGAGAAAGGCACAAGCAGAGUUAAGGAACAACCUACAAGGGAAGACAACGGUAACCGAAGACGAUCUCACAAAUCUAAAGUACCUGAAGCUUGUCAUCAAGGAGACGCUUAGGUUACAUCCCGUGCUGCCCUUACUUCUCCCAAGAGAGUGCCGAGAAGCAUGCAAUGUCAUCGGAUACGACGUCCCGAAAUACACUACCGUUUUUAUAAACGUGUGAGCAAUCAACAGGGACCCCAAAUAUUGGGACAUGGCCGAGAUGUUUAAGCCAGAACGCUUUGACAAUAGCAUGAUUGACUUCAAAGGUACAGACUUCGAGUUCGUGCCAUUUGGGGCUGGAAGAAGGAUCUGUCCUGGCAUAGCAUUUGCACAGUCCAAUAUGGAGCUUGUGCUUGCUACACUCCUAUACUACUUUGACUGGGAGCUUCCUAGUGGUAUGUCGCCUGAAGAGUUAGAUAUGACUGAGGACAUGGGACUAUCUGUCCGAAGGAAGAAUGAUCUUUACCUACAUCCAACAGUUUGUGUGCCUCUGUAGGCCGUAGUCUCUUUUGAAGUGUUUGUAUGA